UCUAAAGACUCUAAACAAGAUGUCCAGUCACUUGUUCCCCUCAUAAUCUCCCCUUUCCUUUAUCUUUCCAUCGAUUUGUUGUCAUGUGAAGCAAAGAGAGCUUAGAGUUCAGUUCAGUUGGCUUCUUUUCUUGUGUUUCCUUUCCAAGUACCAUAGCUACGUGUGGAAGACAGAGCAGGUGUUGACGUUGAAUAGAAGUCAAUCAAAUUAAUCAGGCUGCUUAGCUCACAAAAUGAACGCCCUCCGCUCGUUUUGGAACAGUCCCAUUGGUCCAAAAACCACUCACUUUUGGGGUCCUACCUUCAACUGGAGCCUUCCUCUUGCGGCAGCAAUGGACACAAAGAAACCACCAGAAACCAUAUCUGUCAAUUUGACCGCAGUUAUGUGUGUGUAUUCAGCAUUGUUCAUGAGGUUUGCUUGGGUAGUGAAACCACGUAAUCUACAUCUUCUUGUAUGCCAUGUCUCCAAUGAAACUGUGCAAUUGUAUCAGCUCUCAAGGUGGUUCAGAGCUCCAAGGUUGCUUGAGCAGAAGAAAGAAGAAGCAGAUGCAAAUUGAAAUAUUUGUUGCAAUAAGUCAAACAAAAGAUGAAUGUGUUUGGAUGAUAAAGAUGUUAAAUAAGCACUUGCAAUAAUGAAUGUUUACCACAUAUAAAAGCUUAUUUAUAAGUUUGUUUGAGAA